AAGCAGCUGUUAUGUAUGAUCACUUUGGUCACACUUUCAAAAUAGGUCACAAAAUGCACAAAAAUAAAAAUAACUAUUUAACUCUGAUUCAAUAACUUAAAAACAAGACAGAGAAAAUAAACCACUAUCAAAAUUCGGUGCCGAUAAAGCUACCGAUAAGUGACUAAACUGUUGUAGAGGCACGAUGAGUGAAGAGGAAUCAUUCGUUAUUUUGGGCAGUUCCCCUGUGCCGUCGCUCUGCUCUCACGGUAAUUCCCUACUUCACGAUGCACUCGAACACGAUGGGGACACUGUGGAGGAAACGUCCAAACCAAAUGAGAUUGUUGCUGCCUCUGCCAUAUUGAUUCAGCAAAGCAAUAUUCCGGACUUGACAAAAGAAGAACAAAAACUGGAGAGCAGCUUACCCACAACAUUGCCUUCCGAACAAAAUUCUUUGGCCGCCAGUUUCUUAAUGGGUGAUGUUAAUCCCGACGUGCUUAAGAACAGCGUCUACUCCCAAUUUCCCAGCUUAUGCUCGAUGCAGGCAUGUGCCGAGGAUGUUGUAAAACUACAAACUAUGAUGACCGAAUAUAUGGCAUUGAAACAAACUUUGGAUAAAGUCAAUUAUACGAUGCAGGAAUAUUAUAAAAUUACACAGCAGUGGCGAAAGGAGGCAGCAAACCGAGAAGAAGAAUAUAAGGAGAAAUUACAGGAAUGCCAAACGCAGAUUGAUAAGUUAACUGACGAAAAUCGUCAGCUGAAAAAGGAGGUUGACAUAAACUUGGAGCAGAUGCGUCUGGUUGAAGAUAUACGCCAAAAGGAGCACGAUGAACUUAGACAAAGUGUGUCGGAAAAAUCUUCCCUAAUAAACAAUAUGCGUGUUGAAAUUGAUAAGCUGCAACAACACCAAGUGCCGUCCUUUGAGUACGUUCCUGAUGUUGGCAAAGGGCCAGAAGGGGAAUAUAUUAAACGGGAUGAACACGAGCUUCAAGUUGCGGAUCUGCGAAGACAGAUGUCAUCAUUGUUGGCCGAAAACUUGGAAAUUAACGAUAUGAAAAAAACAUAUAUCGAAGAAAUAAACUGCUUGAAGGUAAACUUGACAAGUAAAGAAGAGUUACUCAAUGUUAUGCGUGCCGAUAUCAACAAUCUGAAAGCCAAAGAUGUGCAGAAAGAAGAUGAAAUCGAAAACUUGAAGACGCAAAUUGAAAUUUACAGACGUGAUUUCGAAAUGGAGCGCGCUGAUCGUGAAAAGAACGCUGGCGAAAAGGAACAAUAUCUAGUGGAUUUGCGAGCAUUACAAAGACGCAACCAAGAACUCAUCGAGGCUCUGGCUGAAGCGCACAAGAGCAAAAAGUCCAGCUUAACACCGUCAACAUCAGCAUCCACAUCAGCAUCAGUCUCAAGCAAAAGCAGCCUACGAGAUGAACAGAGACCAGUGAGAGUCUUGGAUCCAACAGGUGCAGCUGCUAAGACCGCGGAUGCUAAACUGCGCUGUCCCAUCUGUUCAAAGCCGUUUUACGCUCUUACUGUCCUGCAAAGUCAUGUUAAUGACUGUCUGGAUAAGAAUUAACCAUAAUAUCAUUUGAUGUAUUUUUUUUUCAUUUAUUUACAAAGAUAUAUGGCUUAUUUUAAGUAAAAAAAAAACGUUCUAGAAAUAACGUCUUAUGGUACACAUAUAUACAUAUAUUACAUUAUUGAAAUUUAUUGUGCGUCAGCUAAAGUUUGCUUUGUAUUGUAGGCAUGUCUAACGACCAGACUCGUUGGACAUCCUGACUUGCCACGAGGUUGUUAAGCACCUGUACAUCUAAGAGAUAAAAUAAAAUGAUUUAGUACUACGCAAUA